UCGGCUCGGCGGCCGGCGAGGUCGAUGCCCUUGAGCGCGGCUGCGCGCAGCCCGGCUGUGCGGCCCCGCGGCGCGCGCUGAGUUUCUCGGCGGCCCCGGCCGCUCUCAGCUCGGGCGCUCGAUGUGUAGCCACAUAGUUAUCCGUCCACUCCGUCGCCGGGGCUUUAAUGAGGACCUGAGUCGCGAGCGCGUGUGAAUCACCGCCUGGGCCGGGGAAAGAGGACGGCGCAUUUAACCCCCUCCCACCCCGCUCCAUGUCCGUGUGUCACUCGGCUCUGUCCACCUGGCGCGGCGGGUCCUGGAGCUGCUCCUGCUGCUGCUGACGAUCGGCUCCCCUCGCGCCUCUCGCCCCUGAAGCUCUUGUGCUCCCACGUAACUUCUACUUUUUUUUUUUUAAUUUUUUUCCCAUUUCUUGGAAAAAACUCAGCACGAACUGAUCAGAAUUGUGAAGGUUUUUUUUUUUUUUCUUUUUCGAUUUUUUUUUUUCCCCGUAGCUCCAGCACUUCUGCUCUUGCUUUUUGUUUUGUUUUCGGCGUAAACCUCUGGCCCACUCUCAAAAGGCAAGAUGUCCAGUCAUGUCCCGGCGGAUAUGAUUAAUUUGCGCCUCAUCUUGGUGAGUGGGAAGACGAAAGAGUUCCUCUUCUCCCCAAAUGACUCUGCCUCUGACAUCGCAAAGCACGUGUAUGACAACUGGCCCAUGGACUGGGAAGAAGAGCAGGUCAGCAGCCCAAACAUUCUGCGACUCAUUUAUCAGGGCAGAUUUCUACAUGGAAACGUCACCCUAGGAGCAUUAAAACUUCCUUUUGGCAAAACAACAGUGAUGCAUUUGGUGGCCAGAGAGACCCUGCCAGAGCCCAACUCACAAGGUCAGAGAAAUCGGGAGAAAACUGGUGAGAGCAACUGCUGUGUGAUCCUGUAGCGUCGCCAGCACAGGUGUGGCACUGCUGGGACAGAGGAGACUCAGCAGCUUCCAACACCUGUCGGAUAGUCGCCAGCACAUCCGUGGGACUGAAUCACUCAUGAACUCUGUCAUCUCCUCUCACAAAGUAAAAAGAACCAAGAACACUUUCAGUGUGGUCCUUUAUUCCUUGUGUCUGUGUGUGUUGAGCAGUCUGAAGUGCACAGUGGUCCCCGGGACGCGGUAAGUCUCUCUGCAGACUCCGGCGGCCCUGCUGCUGCAGAGACUCCUCCCUCCGCAGGAGGCUGAAAUCCAGUGCUGCAAGUACAGUUUGCACUAAAAAUAAUUAUUAUUUUCCUCAUCACAUAAUCUGCACGUGUCUGUGGCUCCCAGUUCUCCUGUGUGCAUUCCACCCUGGAGGACACCCAUCAUCGGUGGAGUUAUUACCAGGCCGGUUGGCCAGGGGGAACGGGAAGGAAUCUAACAUGCUGGGUGACUUCUACCAAAGUCGGCCACGGUGGCUGUCCUCGCAGGAUAUCAAACUGGACAUGACUGUUGUCACUGCAGCAAGUGAGAGCCAUGCCUGCUGCUCCCAGCGCUCUGUAGAGGGUGCCCCUGCUGCCUGCCCACACCGAGGGGUGGCAGGAUGACCCAAGCCUUAACGUGGAGGGGCCGUCACUGUGCAGAGCUGGUGGGAAGCCUGAGCAGCAGGUACCAGAAGACGGAAGCCUGCGCCUCCGUCACUCAUUGAACCGUGCCGGGUCGCACUCACUCCCUAGAGCAGGGGAGCCUUUUAAAGUCUCCAGAUGCUAAUUUUGUUACUUUCCGUAGUUUGCAUUCGGAAUCAGUGCUUGCAAUUGUAUUAAAAUCACAAGCUGAGUUUUAAGGCAUACAUGAUCAAUAGCACCACUCUUAUUUUUACCAAUAAUUUAAAGAUUGAUAUGCUAUAAAUAAACAAUUUGCACAGCACUAAAGCAUGAGCUAAUUUCAUCUAAACCUGUAAAAAAAAAGAUUUUAUAUUUUUUUUUCACUGGGAAGAAAUCUUCCUGGAUGAAAUUACAAAUAUGUGUAGAUUAUAUUUAAUAAAAAAGACAUAAUAAAAUAUCUAACUGUAGAACGCAAAUAUAGAUUGGCGUGUAGCAUUAUAGACCAGUAUUCCAUAUCAAUAACUUUAUCCAGCCUUUUGAAAGAUGAAGUUGCAGACUCCGUUGUGUUCUGUAUUUAAGGAGGGCUCUUGGCCCUCUGCAGCAUCAAAUGUAAAUGGUCUCUAAGGUCAUCUUUGUUUAAAUGCAAUCAGGUUACUUUAUUCAUUGUUAAUGCUUUGAUGAAGAGGCUUUAUAUGCAGUAGAUCUACGAAAAUAUUGUUCAUACUGAUCAGAAUUAAAUUUGUAUAGAGCAGAGUUUUAAAAUGAAUGUAAAUAGCACUAAACCUUUUCUUUCUGCAGCCUGUCCUUAAUAGAUUUCUUCUGUAAACUAAAUAAAAAAAAAAA